AUGGACACUAUUUGGGCGCAUCGCGGCGUACCGUAUAAAAUCUGCAUCGUUUCCCUGGGUGUUGGGAUCCUCCCCUUUCUGCUGGGGUUUUCGGCACCAGAUUGGUUGUGGUUCAGUCAGAUAGGGGACAACGGAACAGAAAUCAACGGACGGUUUGGCCUGUGGGAGCUAUGCCUGAAUUAUAUAUGCACCAGUAAUCCGCUGACAGGAAACCAGGUUGUUAACGACUGGUUCCUAACUGUCGUCAUUUGCCAGAGCUUAGCCUUGCCGUUUUACAUUGUGGCCUUAGUUCUGGCAGGCCUUCAGAAUUUUGCUCCAAGGAGUUGGCUUCGAAGACUUCACAUUCAGAUGUUGAAGCAGCUGCUACACAGGGACAGUGAAACUCCAGAGGACUUGGCCUUUAUAUCAGGUUUUCUUAGCUUUUUGGGCAUAAUUGUUUUCAUGAUUAUGACAUCAGAAGAGGUGUCCAGAGGUGCCUAUUAUUCCUGGGGAUUUGCCAUGGCUUUUGCUGGUGCAGCAAUACCUGUUUUGACAGGAGUCCUCAUGUGUAAAACUCAUGCUCCCACACUCACCCAACAUUCCCAGCCUCCAGAACCAAGAGUUGUGCAAACACUGUCACCCACUGACAGCAGGAGACCUGUGAGGCGACCAACAGAGAGAAGAAAUAGGCAUGCUAGAAGACAAGCCAACUGA